GUCUUCUAUGAAGAAGAGCUGGAUGUCCCACUGGUCCUGUUCAACGAGGUACUGGACCAUGUCCUGCGUAUUGACCGUAUCUUCCGCCAGCCUCAGGGGCACCUGCUGCUGAUUGGUGUCAGUGGCUCUGGGAAGACCACGCUGUCCAGGUUUGUGGCCUGGCUCAAUGGACUCAGUGUGUUCCAGAUCAAAGUGCACAACAAGUACACUGGAGCUGAUUUUGAUGAGGAUCUGAGAGCUGUGCUCAGGAGAUCUGGGUGCAAGGGAGAGAAGAUCACGUUCAUCAUGGACGAGUCUAAUGUCUUGGACUCUGGGUUCCUGGAGAGAAUGAACACCCUGCUGGCCAAUGGAGAGGUCCCUGGGCUGUUUGAGGGGGAUGAGUACACCACCCUGAUGACCCAGUGUAAGGAGGGGGCUCAGAGGGAGGGGCUCAUGCUGGACACCAGUGAAGAGCUCUACAAGUGGUUCACACAGCAGGUCAUGGUAAACCUCCAUGUUGUCUUCACAAUGAACCCAUCUUCUGAAGGACUCAAGGACAGAGCUGCCACCUCACCUGCUUUAUUCAACAGGUAUUUGGGAUAA